AUGACCCACAGCCCCGCCACAAGCGAGGACGAGGAACGCCACAGUGCCAGCGAGUGUCCCGAGGGGGGCUCAGAGUCCGACAGCUCCCCAGACGGGCCAGGGCGAGGCCCCCGGGGGACCCGGGACCGGGGCAGUGGGGCACCUGGUAGCCUGGCCUCUGUUCGAGGCCUCCAGGGCCGCUCCAUGUCCGUCCCCGACGACGCCCACUUCAGCAUGAUGGUCUUCAGGAUUGGAAUCCCGGACCUGCACCAGACGAAAUGCCUGCGCUUCAACCCCGAUGCCACUAUCUGGACGGCCAAGCAGCAAGUGCUCUGUGCCCUGAGUGAGAGUCUUCAGGACGUGCUCAACUAUGGCCUGUUCCAGCCGGCCACCUCGGGCCGCGACGCCAACUUCCUGGAGGAGGAGAGGCUGCUUCGAGAGUACCCCCAGUCCUUCGAGAAGGGGGUGCCCUACCUGGAGUUCCGAUACAAGACCCGAGUUUACAAACAGACCAACCUGGAUGAGAAGCAGUUGGCCAAGUUGCACACCAAGACGGGGUUGAAGAAGUUUCUAGAAUACGUGCAGCUCGGGACGUCCGACAAGGUGGCGAGGUUGCUGGACAAGGGGCUGGACCCCAAUUAUCAUGACUCGGAUUCAGGAGAAACCCCCCUAACACUGGCGGCCCAGACCGAAGGCUCUGUCGAGGUGAUUCGAACCCUGUGCCUGGGCGGGGCCCACAUCGACUUCCGGGCCCGGGACGGCAUGACCGCCCUGCACAAGGCCGCGUGUGCUCGGCACUGUCUCGCGCUCACGGCCCUCCUGGACCUCGGGGGCUCCCCCAACUACAAGGACCGCCGGGGGCUGACCCCUCUGUUUCACACGGCGAUGGUGGGCGGCGACCCCCGCUGCUGCGAGCUUCUCCUCUACAACAGGGCCCAGCUGGGCAUCGCCGAUGAGAACGGCUGGCAGGAGAUUCAUCAGGCCUGCCAGCGGGGUCACUCCCAGCACCUGGAACACCUGCUUUUCUACGGGGCUGAGCCUGGAGCCCAGAACGCCUCGGGGAACACGGCCCUGCAUAUCUGCGCCCUCUACAACAAGGUCUCUAACCCCUGGCGGUGAAAAUCAGGUCCAUGUCCAGGCUGUGAACUCCUCGAGGGUAGGGGCUGAGUCUGAGACCCCAGCACACAGCAGGCCUCCACACAUCUUUGUUGAAUGAGCAAAUGAAUGAGUGAAUGAAUGAUGGGUCAGC